CUGGGACUACAGAAGACCCCGCCGUAAUAAUACUAUAGAGGUCAAUAGUACUAUGGAGGACAUCAACAGGGAGGCGGCUCGGGGUGUGGAGCGGGUGGUCAUCGAGAGCUUCCCCAUUUUCAGCUACACUCUGGUGAAGCGCCUCAAAUCACAGGCCAACUGCUCCGACUGCGCGGUCUGUCUGCGCGACUUCGCGGAGGAUGAGAUGCUGCGGUUGCUUCCCAAGUGCAGCCACGCUUUCCAUCCAGAGUGCAUUGACGGCUGGCUCUUCACUCACACCACGUGCCCUGUGUGCCGGACAAGCCUUAUGCUCUCAGACCAAGACAUUCCAACGGCUACAGACUUCGGUUUAGUCGAACAGCAAUCGCUUCCCGGCGAGGUCACGGUAGUUGUUAACGGAACCGGAGGUAUAUUUUCAAAUGAUGAAACGACGAACGAGGCUUCAGGGUGUGAUUCGAUGGUGUACUCGUUGGUAAGGGUAAGGAAGGAGACGGAGCAGCCGAGUGAGUGGUACAUCGCCACAGCGGAGGGUCUCACGCCUGGUUUGCAUGGGAGUUGCGGCUUCUUAGGCUCACAUCAUUUGCAUGAGCCAUCAGGUUUGAAUGCCCUGCCUGCGUGCUCUAAACCAAGCGGCUUUGCCGGUGAUGGAGGGCACGGAUCAAGAUCGGAAAGAUGGGGGCGGAUUUCUAUGAAGCCGGCCUUGGUUUUGAGGACGUUUUCUGAGCGCUUUAUGCCUCGAGCUAGAGGUCAAGUUGGUGCUGAGCAGCAGGAUAACAUGGCUUAAUUGAAGAGGAAGUUUAGUUGGUUAAUGGCAAGAGACGGGAACUAGCGCCCUCAGCUAUGCCAAUCUUUGCAGCAGUUGUAGUGCUGAAUAUAGACUUUCCAUACACCAGAAAAGUUUACAAGUUGAUCCAGACAAAACUAAAAAGCCUGUAAAUGGCCUGUUUUGAUUUUGCAGCUCUUGUCAAACCAGCCCCGUUGCUUCAAACAAGAGAUCUGUAAGUUGUCUAAUUACCGUCAACCCUGUCUGUUAUGUAAGUUUCUUAACAUAGUCAUAUCAUAGGACCAGAAAGAGUAUUAAUAUAUUAUGUAUAACCAGUUGCUCAUUAUUUCAAUCCUUUUUUUCUUAAUUUGUUGCUGUAAUUAGAUACAGAAGAUACCGUGUUCGAAUCACAAA